UUCUGUCUUUGAGCUCCUCCUCAUAUGCAGGCUUGAGUUUCACAAUCCCUUUUCUCUGCUCAGAGUCUCUGCGGACACUGAAGCUCCUCCAGGAUCCUCAUGGACUUUAUUCAUCACAGCACAGCUUCACCUGGAGAUUAGUUUCAUUUCCUCUGACUGCUGCUUUUCUCAAGUGUGAACUUCAGAGGAUGCUGUGUGUGAUUCUGCUGGAUCUUGUGUGAAGAUGAAACGAAAUGAAGGUUUGGAUUCACAAGAGCUUUAAGUGAUCGGGCCGGUGUGUGUUCUCUGCUCAUCAUGGGCUCUUCAUGGCUCUUCCUGCUGGUUCUGCUGGUCAGUUUUGGGCUCUGCAGUGGUGUGUGCCCUCGUCAGUGCGCAUGUUCUGCUCCUGCUGAAGUUCACUGCACUUUCCGCGCGCUGCUCGCCGUUCCUGCUGGCAUCUCCAAACAGGUCCAGCGCAUCAACUUUGGAUUUAACACCAUCAGUCAGAUCACAGACGCCUCUUUCAGUGGCCUUCGAAAGCUGGAGCUGCUGAUGAUGCACGGGAACAACGUGCAGAAGAUACCAGACGGUGCUUUUCAGGAUCUGGUUUCAUUACAGGUUUUAAAAAUGAGCUACAAUAAGCUGACAGUCAUCACCGAUCGCACCUUCUCUGGUCUGACGGGCAUUAUCAGACUCCAUCUGGACCACAACCACAUCUCCUCCAUCCACCCGCAGGCAUUCCUGGGCCUGACGUCUCUGCGUCUGCUGCACCUUGAGGCCAAUCGUCUCCAGCAGCUUCAUCCGCACACCUUCAGCACGUUCUCAGUGCUGCGGCGGUUCCCCGUGUCCACACUGAAGCACCUGCACAUCUCUGAUAACCUGCUGCAGACGCUGUCCCGGAGCGUGCUGGAGAACACACCUCAGCUGGAGACCCUACUGCUGACGGGGAACCCCUGGAGCUGUGACUGCCGCAUGCGCUGGCUGCAGGACUGGAGCGCUCGACAUCCAGGUGUGAUGAAAUGCAAGAAGGACAGGACAUUUACCAGCGGUCAGCUUUGUCCACUCUGUGCGUCUCCUAAACACCUCAAAGCAGCGGACAUGUUGGAUCUGAAGCAGCUCGUCUGUUCUGGACCAUCGAUAAUCUCUCCAGGAAGAAACAUCUCUGAGGAGGACACCAGUGAACUCCUGCCCAUCGACAGAAUCAAGCCAGCUUUUGGGAACGUCUCCUUUACGCUCUCUGAUGAACACGGCACUAAAGUAGACCUGAUCUGCCAAAUAUUACAACCACAAGACUCCACCACAAUCAGCUGGAAUCACACGAAAUCUCUGCAGAUCGCGGCUAAUGUGACGCUAGUGUUAGAUGUGGAGUGUCCAGUGAGCAGAGACGACUAUGAAAGCUUCUGGAGGCUGCUUGCGUAUUACAGUGAAGCGCCUGUGCAUCUUAGAAGAGAAAUCAUGCUCCGCAGAGAGCCGGCGUUGAGUUAUCGAUACAGGCAGGAUGCUGAAAAAGACGGGUUUUUUUACACCUCGCUCAAAGCUAACGUUUUAGCCCAUCCGUCUUGGCUCAUGCAGUCUUUAAUAAGCAUCAAGCUAAACAGGCCGUAUUCCACGUCCAAAAGCGUGAGGCUAAUCCUGAGCACGCAGUUGACUGCAAACGCAGAUGAGGAGAACGUCAGAUCUUGGGUUAUGAUUGAAAACGAUAAUAAAACCCAGACCAGUUUUGCGAGUGUUGUCGGUGGCGUGGCUGAAAUGCACUGUCGUGUUCAAAGCUCUGGAAAUGCAGUGAUUUACUGGAUGCUUCCCAAUGGGUCGAAGGUUAAAUCUGCGUUUAGCUCUGUUGAUGGUAGAGUUAGCAUCUCUAGCAGUGGUAAACUUAACAUUAAGACAAUUGAGCACAGAGAUUCUGGUGUUUAUUACUGCAUUGCUGAAGUUGACGGAGACGUUGAUGUUCUGCCUUUUCGUUUAUCAGUAAUCGAGUCUUCAAAUCCUCUUCCCAAUCAAGAAGUUGGGAAUUCUUUAAGCAGAUUUAUCGGUCAGUCUGCGUUUUUGACUUGUCUUACUAAGGCAUCACCAGAUGCUGAAAUAAAUUGGGUGCUCCCUGAUGGAAAUGUGCUGAACGCAAAAGCAAACACAUCCAGAGCUUUGCUCUUCCCCAAUGGGACUUUAUACAUUCCUGUUUGCCAGCUUAAUGAUAAUGGAUAUUAUAAGUGUGUGGCGAUGAAUAACCACGGUGUGGAUGUGUUUUCCACCAAACUAACAGUCAUAAGGCGGAAGUUAAUCCAGCCGCUGAGACAGUAUCCCAUCAUCAGGCCACAGUCGGCCGCAGGAGUCUCCACUAAAGUAAAAGCAUUUCUGGAGGACAUGGAAGAAGCUUCUGGAGAUAUUUCUGAAACUCGAUUAACACCGACUCGAAGAAGGCGUCCAAAUGCACGUAGGUUUGGGAACAUUCGACAUAGACGGCCCUUUAGGAACAGAGCUGGUUUACCAAACCAAAGACCAGUUAAUACCAAAAAUAAAAUCGACCCUCAGAAAUGGGCUGAUCUUUUAUCCAAAAUCAGAGCGAAAACAUCAGAAAGCAACAAAAGUCUACAGUCGGGAUUAAUCGACAACACUGAAAGCUCUUCAGGAGACUCUGGACCACAGGAGAAGACUUUCAACACGGAUGUUUACCACACACCUCAAAUUAAAGAACGUGAUGAUGAUAACAUUUACCGAACCACACCUUCACAAUUACACACUACUAGAUCAAACCAAGUGCUUUACAUCUCACAUCCCACAUCUGCACCUCAUUAUGUUACGACACAUGUACAAGACAGACACGCGAGCACUGUAAAUGCUGAAAAUAACCAAAUAUACUCCGAGUCUGUCAUCAGUCCAGAGUUAGAGACAGAAAAUGAGCUUAAUUUGCCUGGCGUCAAGUCUCAGAUCGGGGGUUUUGAUUCUGGAGGGAUCGACAGAAAUGUGUUUGCAACAGCAAGCAGUGUUAGAUUGAGUUCUGCACCAAAUUCAACACAAUCGAGAGGGAGGGAUAGAUGGAGAUUUGGAGGUAGGCGACGGAUAAAAUUUCGAAGGCCAAUCUCAAACCUUCCUACAAGCAGAGUAUGGUCAACAUCAACAACUGCAAGAGUAACUCUGAAAACAGAUGACCAAGAUGCAUCAAUCUAUCCAACAACUCCAUCCAAAGUUCCAUCAGUCAGUCAGACUAUUCCAGUUACAUUGCAUGUUUACUCUACUACCUUAUCUAGAGGUAUUCCAAUCAAUCCAACUCAAUCGUCUCACAUUUAUCCUACAAAACACAACGAGUUAACAAAUGAAGUUGAGGAGAAUAUUAAUCACAAAGUGAAGGAAAGUAACUUCCAACAAACUCAGCAAGUGAUGCCAAACUCGAGGUUUCACCCCACAAUAUCAACAAAUGCAUCUGCGGUUUUGAGGUUAGCAAAUGAAGACUUUAAUUCUUUAGAGAAAGAGGAGCAGGACGGUAGCUUUGCAUCUGCAGAGGAGAUGGAUGAGUAUAUAGUUCCCACGAGAAAACAUCCAACAUCUCGACUUGGCGCUAAAACCGUCCCACUGACAACUCCUCGGCUGGAGUUCACAAGCAGGCUUUCUGCAGACAUACCGAAGAUGGAUCCAACAGAGAUCAGCGUUACUGUACACACAGACAGACUGGAUGACUUCCACUUACCUGAAUCACAUUUUAGAGAUGUUUUGAGAGAGAACAAAUCUGUGGACUUUACUAGUGCAAGAGAGGGUGUUACUUCUACUGAAGAGUCUGUAGUCUCCUCCAUACUACAAUCUCAAACCUAUCCUCUUUCAAACCCAAAUCAAAGCUUCAAAGAGGAAGAAUCCAUACCUUUAUUAACAACAUCCACCCAAAAACAAUCUGUAGUAUCUGUUGGAACUCAAAUCAAGUCUUUAGAUGCAAAUUUGCCAAACGUCUUAUAUGAAAGUGUUACUUCUACAGAAGAAUCUGUAGUCUCCUCCAUACCACAAACUCAAAACUAUCCUCUUGCAAAACAAAAUCAAAGCUUUAAAGAAUCAGUGCCUUCAUUUACAACAACAUCAACUCCAAAACAAUCCAGAAUAUCUGUUGGAACUCAAAUCAAGACUUUAGACAGAGAUAUACCAAUGAAAGUGUUAAAUAAAAGCAUUACUUCCUCCAUACUAUCUCAAAACCCUCCUCUUUUAAAACCAAAUCAAAGCUUCACAGAAGAAGAAUCAAUACCUUUAUUAUCAUCAACUCCAAAACCAUCUAUAAAAUCUGUUGGAACUCAAAUCAAGACCUUAGACACAAGUUUACCAGUUAAAGUGUUGAAUAAAAGUAUUAUUUUACAACAAUCUCAAAACUAUCUCCUUUCAACACCAAAUCAAAGAUUAGAAGAAGAAUCAAUAUCUGUAUUAACUUCAAAUCAAUCCAUAAUAGCUGUUGAAACUCAAACAGAGUCUUUACAUGCAAGUUCUCCAAUGCCCACGUUUACUACUCAUAAAGAAACCAAUGAGAUUGCUUUCUUACAACCAGACUUGGAUUCUAAGGUGGGCCAAAGGAACAGAUUAAUCCCCGAACUUGAACUUACAACAUCAGUUAACACUCCACCUGCAACUACCAGCAUGAUUCCCAAUACAACCGAAUUCAUGAGAACAACACCACCAUUAACUACAUCUACAUUAUACUCUACUACUACAUCUACUACUACUCCUGUUGUAAAGUUAGCACCCAGGUAUCCCUUACCGGACAACCGAAUCCCAAUUUACUCCAAAAAUCCAGGAACAAACUACAUAGGGGGAAGAAUUCCUAGUACUAAUCAUAGGUAUCCAUACUAUCACAGUAGAAAUAUUAAACCCAAUAUUGACAGAACGCCAUCUCUGACCACUUCACCUGUGGAUCUAAGCAUCAUCAGAUCAACUAUAACACCUAAAACACUUACUAGAUUGAGGAUUUCAAGUUUCACAACUGCAAGCACCACUCAACCAAACAACCAAAUUCAGAUCCAGGAUUCAAUGAACAGACAGUUGAAUUUUCCAGUCCUGCAGAUGAGAGCCAGGAUUACAGAUGAUAAACUUCACACAGUGUCUGUGAAUGCUGGGACGGAUGUGCAGUUACCGUGCAAUUCUGUGGGGGAGCCGAGACCACUCUUAACUUGGACUAAAGUCUCAACAGGAGCCGUGAUGUCAACCAACACCAAAGUCCAGCGGUUUGAGGUCCACCCCAAUGGCACUUUUACCAUCAGAAACGUCCAUCUUCAGGACCGCGGUCAGUAUCUCUGCAGCGCUAGCAAUGCUCACGGCACAGAUAAGAUGAUGGUGACGCUAGUGGUGUUGGCUCACGUUCCCAGGAUGACGAGUCCACGCCAUCAAGACGUAACGGUGUAUAUAGGAAACACUGCACUCCUGCAAUGCCAAGCACAAGGACUCCCAAUCCCCAACAUCAGCUGGAUGCUUCCGGACCGCUCAAUGCUGCGAAGUGUUAGCAACACCCAACAGAAGAUCAUGCUAUUGGCUAACGGCACGCUUCAAAUCAAGCAGACUAAUUAUUUAGACACGGGUGUUUAUAAAUGCAUAGCGAGCAACGCAGCUGGAGCCGACAUGCUUUCUGUGAGGCUUCAGAUUACAGCAUUGGCUCCAGUUAUUCAAGAGCAGCGCUGGGAAAACUAUACGCUUUCUGAUGGCCAUGCUGCGCUAAUUCAUUGCACUGCUAACGGUGCACCAAAUCCAACGGUCCGUUGGGUUACAUCUUCAGGCAUGCAGCUUCGGCCGUCUCAGUUUGUGAACAGCAACUUAUUCGUGUUUCCCAAUGGGACGCUGUUUAUCCGUAACCCCACAGUGAAGGAUUCUGGGAUUUAUGAGUGCGUGGCGGUCAGUUCAGUGGGCAUGGCUAAAAGGAGCGUCAAUCUGCAGGUGAAGAGGAACUCUGGCUCCGCACGCAUUUUGUCCACUUCUGCACACAGCACUGACGUCCAUUAUGGAGAUCAGCUGAGUCUCAACUGUUCGGCGUCUGGAAGUCCCACUCCCAGGAUCAUCUGGAGGACGCCGGCGAAAAAACUGGUUGAUUCAUAUUACAGCUUUGACCGCAGAAUGAAGGUGUUGUCUAACGGCACUCUCACCAUCACAUCAGUGACCGAGCAGGACGAGGGCGAAUAUCUCUGUGCUGCCAGAAAUAAUGCUGGAGACGACUACGUUCUCCUCAAAGUCACCGUGAUGAUGAAAGCAGCUAAAAUCGACCACAAAUCUCUGAGCGAGCACAAGGUGUUGUACGGCGGAGAGCUGAAAGUGGACUGCAUCGCUUCAGGACUUCCCAAUCCGGAGGUCAGCUGGAGUCUCCCAGACGGCACCAUGAUCAACAGCGUCCUGUCAUCUGAUAAAAACACAAUUAGAGCUAAGAGGUACGUGAUGUUCGAUAACGGCACGCUGUAUUUAAACGAAGUAGGAAUGAAAGAGGAAGGUGACUACACAUGCUACGCCAAAAACCAAAUGGGAAAGGAUGAAAUGAAAGUCCACAUUAAGGUGUUAGCAGAUGCACCCGUUAUUCGAAAUAAUGCCUAUAGUGUCAUCAAAGUUACGUAUGGAGAAACGGCCAUCUUGAACUGCAGCGCUAAAGGAGAGCCGACUCCUGUGAUCACCUGGAUAUCUCCGGAUAAGAAGGUCAUAGUGCCAAUGACAAAUAAAUACCAGAUCUCCAACGAUGGCACUUUGCACAUACACAAAACACAGAAGAUCAACUCUGGGAAUUACACCUGCAUGGCCAGGAGUGUUGUGGGAAUUGAUAGGAAGGUGGUUUUAGUUGAAGUCCUUGUUUUUCCGCCGGUCAUUAAUGGAUUUGAGCAUCCUGGGAUUAUCCGUAAGACUGCUGUGAGAGAUCAACGUGUGCUUUUUGAUUGUAAAGCAAAUGGAAACCCGUUCCCAAGAAUUAUAUGGCUGUUUCCCAAUAACGUUGUGCUUCCAGCACCAUACUACGGCUCUCGAAUUACAGUUCACCGUAACGGUACACUAGACAUUCAUGCUGUUCGCAUGAGCGACUCCGUUGAGCUCAUUUGCAUUGCACGAAAUGAAUUUGGAGAAACCAAACUACAUGUUAAACUAGAGGUGACGGAGGAUAUUAUAAAGCCACAAUUAAGAAAUUCCCCUACAGACUCAAUCCAAUUGACCAUUGGAAAACCAACCACUCUAAACUGUUCAAUCGAAGGAAAUCCUGCUCCACAAAUCACCUGGACUCUCCCUAACGGGACGUCUCUUUAUCAGGGAACCACUUUUUCCCGGUUUCACCAUCGAUCAGAUGGAGCUCUGCUCAUUAAGGAGCCGUCAUCUUCUGAUGCAGGACUUUAUCGAUGUGUUGGACGCAACAGCGGCGGAUUUGUUGAACGAAACGUAACACUGGUGUCCAACAGAAAGCCCGAGAUCACCAAUCAAUACAGCUCUCUCCUCAGCAUCAUCAAUGGAGAAGAUCUGCAUCUGGAUUGUGUAUCAGAUGCUCAUCCUCCACCCAAACUCACAUGGACGCUCCCGAGCGGAGUCGUCCUGAGCAGAGCGCAGUCAUCCGGGCGUCAUUCAGUGCUGAACAACGGCACUCUGAGCAUCCACAGGACAUCAGUGUACGAUAGAGGAACAUACCGCUGCCAGAUCUCCAAUGAUCACGGCUCCUCCAGUUUAUCAGUGUCUGUCAUCGUAAUCGCGUAUCCUCCUCGUAUAACCAGCGGGCCGGCGGCGGUUACGUAUGGGCGUGUGGGUGUAGCGCUCACGCUGGAUUGCAGGUCUUUAGCUUCACCGCGGGCAGAGGUGGUCUGGCAGAUGCCCGACGGGCUGCAGCUGAAGGUGGAUGUCCAGCCUCGGCUCUAUGGGAAUAAACAUCUGCAUCCGCAGGGGGUGCUGCAGAUCCACAGCCCGUCCAGCAGAGACAGCGGCGUUUAUAAGUGCACCGCCAAAAACGUGCUGGGCAGCGACAGCCGAUCCACUUAUGUUUAUGUGUUCUGAUGCAAACAGACAUAGACACGACCAGAAAACUGAGAUACAGACACGCCCAGAAAAACUGAGAUACAGACACGCCCAGACAACUGAGAUACAGACACGCCCAGACAACUGAGAUACAGACACGCCCAGACAACUGAGAUACAGACACGCCCAGAAAACUGAGAUACAGACACGCCCAGAAAACUGAUAUACAGACAUGCCCAGAAAACUGAGAUACAGACACGCCCAGAAAAACUGAUAUACAGACACGCCCAGACAACUGAGAUACAGACACGCCCAGAAAACUGAUAUACAGACAUGCCCAGAAAACUGAGAUACAGACACGCCCAGAAAAACUGAUAUACAGACACGCCCAGACAACUGAGAUACAGACACGCCCAGAAAACUGAGAUACAGACACGCCCAGAAAACUGAGAUACAGA